UGCUCCUCACCAGCCAGUGAACAACGCUCGUCCUCGGAUCGGCUCAAGAUCGAAGUUUCCUUUUCGUUUCUUCUCUCUUGGUCCUUUUCCUUAGUCCUUUCCCUAAGUCACUAUUUGAUCGUUUCCUUUUUUCUUCUUUUCUUGUCGUCUUGUUUCCUUUUCUCCUCUUUUCCCCUCUCCCUCCAUCCCUCCCCUUUUCGAAACAUUUCCUCGUUCAAGAUCGUAUUCAAGGAUUCAAAAUGGCCGCCGCUAUUCUUCUUCCCAAGAUUGCCGCCGUGGCUACCUGCGGCUCGGUCAUCACCGCCGUCAAGACCAGCUGGGAGCUGUCCCGCAUGGUCCGCAAGAAGCGUGCCGAGACCACCAUCGCCGAGGACUCUGACGAGGUUGUCCAGCUUGCUGAGGAUCUCCAGGUCGCCUACUCGGACGGCCUCCUGACCCGCCGCGAGCGUGAUGAGUGGUACGACAGGCUGUUGACCGGUGUUGCCGAGAAGGACUGCAUGGCCAUCACCAAGGUCAAGACCCACGUCAAGCUCCUCCGCCAGCGCGAGCGUGCCAGCCGUGAGCGCAGCCGCGAGCGGAGCCGCAAGAGCAAGGAGGGCUCGUCCCGCAACCGCGACGACUCCCGCAACCGCGAGCCCACCUCCUCGCGCCGCCGCCACACCGUCUCGCACCACGAGCGCGACCAGCGCGAGAACUCCUCGUCCCCGCGCGGCUCCCCCCGCCAGAUCUCCUCGCCCCGUGCCUCGCGCAGCCACCGCCGCAGCGCGAGCGACGUGACCGACUACGGCUCGAGGCGCGUCCGCUUCGGGUCCUCGCCCCGCAAGGACCGCGACCACCCGCAGCACGGCGACCGCCGCGACUACGGCUCCGACUCGGAGCGCUCCGUCCAGGGCCGCCCUCCCACCCCUUACCUGCUGCCCCCUCCCGCCGACAAGCCCUCCCUGCCCGUCUCCCCGCGCAGCCGCGCCCGCGCCAGCACCUUGGGCGGCCUCGGCAUCACCGACAGCCCCCGGGACGAGCGCGAGCCCGUCCGCGUCGGCGGCCGCAAGCGCGCCGUCUCGUACGCCUCGUCGCCCGUCAACACCGAGGACUUCUUCGAGCGCGGCCGCGAGCUCGAGAGGGGCGGCGGCGCCCGCUGGAGGGACAGGCACAGCUCCCGCUGCCCCUCGGACGAGGACGACUGCGCUGCCUGCCGCAGGGACGCAACCCGACGCAACUCCAACACUUCCAACUAGGAUGGCGGUUGUCCAUCUUUUUUUGUUUUGUUGCAUCUUUUCACACGUCGGCCUUGCCUCCUGCGGAGACAAUCCAUCAAAAAUAGUGCAGCAGCCCAGGCGCCUUGCUGCUUGUACCACAAAAGCCCACCAGUCUUCGCUUGUUCCCCCUCCGUAUCUGUCGGCGGGGAAAUGCGCCCUUGAGGAGAAAUGUUUUUGUUUUUUGUUUUCAGCUCCCGACCUCCGGUAAUGGAGGCGGUGCAUAGCAUAGAUCGGAGUUUUCUUUUUCCUUGUUUCUUCAUUUCUGUGGCGUUUGGGUUUCUAUUCUGUUCUUGUUUUCCGAGGUCUCACAGUACAGAAACACGCAAAUGCUGAAUCUGACCCCACCAAACUCUG